GUGAUAGUACUGAUUAUUGUUUUUUAUAAUGUGGUGAUGUCAGCAAUCAUUCUUCAUCUACUAUUAAUGAUAGUCUUAUGUAAUAUAUUUUAAUUUAAAUUGUAGUAUUACAAGAUAUAUAGCUUUAUUGCUCUUAUAGUAUAAAAAACAAUUUUGUAAAAAAUCAUUACACUUAUUGGGUUAAAGCAGGCUGUUAAAAAUUAUAUAGAAUAUGACAGAAGCAACUACAGAAGUACGGAAAAUGGACCCAGCAUUAAGAUUUGACUUAAUCAAUCUAUUAAAUAUUAAUGAAGGUUGGAAAACACUAAUGACUAAAGUUACUGUUGAUUGUAAUCCUAACAACAAUUUAAAGUACACUUAUGAUCAUGUCAAGUUAAUAGAAAAUGCUAGUAAACUACAACAACGCUUUUGUAGUGAGAUAUUUUUAGAGGAAUGGGGAACUAGUGGUAAAAUUAGGCCUAAUCUUCAGACACUUAUGAAUUUAUUAUAUGAAGUUAAUCUGAUACGUGCUGCUGAAGCUAUAGCUUCUAAAAUUUCGAAAGACUGCAUGACCACUAGAAUGACAUCAUUUAAAAAUAUUCUUGAAAAUGACGAAAAUACAGAUGAUUACAGUAAUAGUGAAAAUUUCAGACCUACCAUACUAAACACUAGUUUGACUUUAAAAAAUAUUGAAAGGUUUGAUGAAAUUAGGAUACCUUAUGAAACAUUAUAUCAUGCCACAAAUGGAUUUUCUGAUUCAUGUUUAAUUGGGUCUGGUGGAUAUAGCAAAGUAUUUAAAGCUGAAUUAAAUAAUCGAACAGUGGCAAUUAAACGCAUGGAAAAAGUUUAUGAAGAAAGAGAUAUUAAACAAUAUUUGAAUGAAAUUGAUAAUAUUUUAAAAUUUAAACAUGUUAAUUUAUUACCACUAUUGGCAAUAUCAGAGGAUAAACACCCAUGUAUUGUAUACGAAUUUAUGGAAAAUGGUUCUUUACUUGAUUGCAUUGCAUGCAAAGAAAGAUCUUCACUAUUAAAUUGGAAACUUAGAAUAAAACUUGGAAUAGAAGUAGCCAGUGGCUUAGUUUACUUACAUACUGCAUUUGAAACACCUAUCAUACAUCGAGAUAUUAAAACUGCUAAUAUUUUACUAGACAAAUUGUUUGUUGCUAAAAUUGGAGAUUUUGGAUUAACUCGUAUUGGAGAUAAUACAAUGACAUCUGAAGGAAAAGGAACGUCUGCCUAUAUGUCACCUGAGGCAUUUAGGGGUGAUGUAUCUGUAAAAUUAGAUGUUUUUAGCUUUGGAGUUGUACUAUUGGAAUUAUUAACAGGAUUACCUCCUUUUGACGAAUUUCGACAGCAUCGUGACUUGUUAACGCAUAUAAUUGAAUCAGAGAGUCCCAUUGAAGAUUUACCAGAUAAACGUGCUGGAGAUUGGAACAAAAUGACUGUUGAGAAAAUAUAUGAAUUGGCAAAGCUUUGUACACUUGUUUCAAAAAGCAAAAGACCUUUUAUGUAUGGAGAAAGAGGUGUUUAUGUAGCCCUUGAAAAAAUUCAAUCAGAAAUUGAUGGAUAUGUAUCAUAACAAUUAUUAAUUGAACUAUUUUAUGAUUAUAAAAU